GGAGGAGAAGUUUUCGCUGCGGCUGCUGAGCGAGGGUGCGGGCCCCCGCAAGCAGUGCACGCCCGCUGCCAUGGCUUUCCGUAGGAGGACGAAAAGUUACCCGCUCUUCAGCCAGGAGUUCGUCAUCCACAACCAUGCAGACAUCGGCUUCUGCUUGGUGCUCUGCGUCCUCAUCGGGCUUAUGUUUGAGGUCACAGCCAAGACUGCCUUCCUAUUUAUCUUACCUCAGUAUAACAUUAGUGUGCCUACAGCAGACAGCGAGACAGUCCACUACCACUAUGGCCCAAAGGACCUGGUCACCAUCUUGUUCUACAUCUUCAUCACCAUCAUCUUGCAUGCUGUGGUACAAGAGUACAUCUUAGACAAAAUCAGCAAACGGCUUCAUCUCUCCAAGGUCAAACACAGCAAGUUCAAUGAAUCUGGACAACUGGUCGUCUUUCAUCUCAGCUCGGUGAUAUGGUGCCUCUACGUGGUGGUAACGGAAGGAUACUUAACGAACCUGAGAAGCCUCUGGGAAGAUUACCCACAUGUGCACCUUUCCUUCCAGGUGAAGUUUUUCUACUUGUGUCAGCUGGCCUACUGGCUGCAUUCGCUACCUGAACUUUACUUCCAGAAGGUACGGAAGGAAGAAAUCCCCCGCCAGCUGCAGUACAUUAGCCUGUACCUGCUUCACAUCGCUGGGGCAUACCUCUUAAACCUGAGCCGCCUGGGCCUCAUCUUGCUGCUGCUGCAGUACUCAACGGAGUUCCUCUUCCACAUGGCUCGACUCUUCUACUUUGCAGAUGAGAACAACGAGAGGCUGUUUAAUGCCUGGGCUGCUGUGUUUGGGGUCACACGCCUCUUCAUCCUCACUCUCGCCGUGUUGGCCAUUGGCUUUGGAUUGGCUCGGGUGGAAAACCAGGUGUUCGACCCUGAGAAAGGGAACUUUAACACCUUGCCUUGCAGGCUCGGCAUGCUGCUGCUGGUGUGUGUUGCCCAGGCCUGGCUCAUGUGGCGCUUCAUCCACUCGCAGCUGCGGCACUGGCGGGAAUACUGGAAGGAACAGAGCGCUAAGCGCAGAGUCCCAGCUGCCUCCAGGCUUCCAGCCAGGCCCGUCAAGAGGGAACCUGGUUACCAUGAAAACGGUGUGGUGAAAGCAGAGAAUGGAACCUCCCCACGGACUAAGAAACUCAAGUCUCCCUAAGGCCAAAGUGCUGAGAACGGGAUUCACUGGGUGAGGGCCCAGCGGGAGGUGAGAAGCACUGACUCCAGCUCAGCCUCUCCAUCCUCCUCGCCAUGCUCCAUCUCCAUCAGCAGAAACCUUGGCGUCACAGGGGGAGUAGCUCUCGACCUUCUUGGCUUUCUCUUCUUCCACAAACCAUUUUCAAUAAAGCCAAAAAUCUUCCUCUCUUGCUCCCUUGAGCCACCUCCUGGCCUCACCUCUAUCCUGUUUUGGGUCUUCUCAGAGGCCUAGAUUUUCCUACAUGUCUUUCUCGCUCACCUCUUUCUCUUCCUUCAUGGCUGUUUCUCUUUCUCCUCACUU